CAGUGCACAAGAAAUGGAUGUGCAGAAAACGGUGGACAAAAAACGCGAGCUGGCAGGAAAGACAUCUGUGGCGGAAUGAUCAUCUGCCGAGUCAGUGACAUCCAGUUAAUAAGCCUGUGCACUGUGAAGUGAGAUGUGUUGCUUCUACACCAAAAUUGCGUGGACACUCAUCAUUAAUUUAAUUACACGCCGCGAGAGAUCAUCAGCGGAAUCGGUGGUCUUUGAAUUGAUGCCCGUGGUGGAGGCGAAACCCUACUUCCGCCUCGUGGACCGAGAGAGUGCUGAGGAUUUGCUGAAAGGGGGCCCCGAUGGAGCCUGUCUGGUGCGCCCCUUCAAGGAGAAGGACGAGUCCAUUAAGUACGUGCUCUCCGUGUAUGCACAGGAGAAGUUCUUCCAUCUGCACCUCCGCCAGACGCCGGACGGCGGAUUCGUGGUGGGUCUAGAGAAGGCCAUAGAGAAGGAGUUCCCAUCACCCAUCCACUGUGUGGAUUACUAUAGACACCACAAUCUGCGCUGCAUCAACAGUUCGGGCAAUGUUGUGGUAACAUUGAAACCCAUAUCUGAAUGAAAGGCGAUGCAUUUAUUUACAGAUAGGCAAUUCCAUUGUGUUAGUGGGAUAAUAAAUAUAAUUAUGUGAUU